AUGACCGAGUCCAUCGUCAACAUCGAACCCAUACAAGGUGUCAACACGACCAUUCGGGAAAGAGUUGAAGCGCCUCCGAGUCCAGACCCAGUCACGUGCAUGCUGGUGAUUCGUCCCAGUUACAAUGCUCAGCGUCGUCCACUAGAGCUGCAGUGUUGCCAAUCGCUCUCGCCUCCAACAGCUCAGCCCGAAAAAGAGCACACUUUUACCACCGGACCCCCUGUUCGCUUGCCUCCAAGUGUUUCCAGUGCCAAAGACAUUGCCGCCCGCCAUUGGACAAGCUUCCCCGCUCUGCCUCCCGCGUCAACUUACGGCUUCAUCCACCGGCGCCUAUCGUCAUAA